UUUUGCAUAUUCGGCUGGCGUUAAGUUUAUAAUUUACUAAAUAAGUUUCUCAAAGUCUUUACAAGAAACACAAUGUACCUAAACUCCCUAGAUAUUGUAAGAAAACUAAGCCCAAAUUUGAUAGUAGUUGCAGUACGACUUCCGUAAUACUAAGGUUUAUUAACGCGUAUUGUUGAGAUUUAGAUUAUUAUAGACAUACUUUACUACUUUGCUAUGACAAGAUGAAGCUGUUAAACUUGAUGCAAAUGCAUAAUUUAUCACUAUGGGUGCAGUUGUUUUCUUUGAAGACUUUCUUCGAUUUGGAGAAAAACAAAAGAAAAAAUAGGGGGAGGGGCGAAAUUUUUUUUUUUUUUUUUUUGUUAAAACUGCUCUUUCCGCUCAUCUCCAUGAUCCAACGAUGUCAAAGUAGAUUCGCCUUCUCAAGAUUAGGGUGGUAUACAACCGCUAUAAAAGCCUUGAUACCAGAUAAAGAGCUGGCUGCGAUUACAACGCGGUCGAUUCGCCCUUUCGCAAAUUUAACAUCAACUAUCGUCAAGACCGAACUAGAAGACGUCGCCACGACUUCAACAACUAUUCCUGUAUCAUUAUCUCGCAAUAUACCUCAAAUUGUACAACCAAGUGUAGUCCCGGUCGUCUCUGUUCAACGCGUUUCAGCUACACCAGAGAACGUCGAAUAUCAUCGUUGUGCUGGUUUCAAAAAGUCGGACGGCAGGCGUUGUAAUAGACUUGUACGAGUGGAAAGCGUCUCUGCAUCAGCCGAUCAAGCUUACCAUUAUUGUCACGAUCACCUUCCUCAUCCUAUAGCGGACAAGGAUAGACGCGAUAAUAGAGGAGGAAAACAUACAGAAGCAGAAAGUUUACCUUUUGCAGAAAAGAAAAAGCCUGCCAAUGUUCCUGUUACUGAGAAAGAUCGGCUAGCAACACCGGUAAAGGUACCAGGCUCGCAAAAAAUUUAUGAUUGUUGGGAUUGUAAGAUCCAAAAGCUUCCGUUAAUGAAAUAAUAAUGCGCAAAAGGCAACUAAUGGAUCACCGCCCUUUCUUUUAUCUAUAUUUAUAGUGUGGAUAACACCUCGUAUCAGUCGCGUGAAAAGGGAGAUGAUCAAACAAGAAAUGCAACGACCAUUAUCGAUUCGAGAUAAACCUGGUUACAUUUAUGCGUAUCAAUUAAACGAAGGUCGUUUAUCAGGAGUCAAGAAUUUUGCGUAUUUAAAGAUUGGCCGAACGACCGAUCCCCAUCGUCGAAUGUAUCAGAUAGCCAAUACCUGUGAUCUGGUACCAAAAAUAAUAGAGCUGUUCCCCAGUUUUCCUAAAUCAAAUGGGCCGAUGAUGCCUAACAACCUGGAAGCUUUAGAGGAAGAAGUGU